AUGAAGAUCUGGACUUCAGACCACGUCUUUGACCACCCAUUGGAAACUAUUACAGCUGCAACACAGAAAGGCCCAAAUGUGGUUGGAGGUGAUGUACUGGACAGACAUACAGAUCACUCUGGAAAGCUAUACAGCCAAAGACUUCUCAGCACAGAGUGGGGGUUGCCUUCCAUUGUGAAAUCUCAUAUUGCAGCAAAAACUAAAACAUUUGUGCAAGAACACUCUUUUAUACACAAACCACACCCUCAGGACCCAGAAAAAAAUAUUUUGACUCAAGAAGCUGUGAUCACUGUGGAAGGAGUCAGUCUUAGCAGUUACCUUGAAGGACUGACGGCAAGCAUGGUAUCUUCAAAUGCCAAUAAAGGCCAAGAAACAGUGGAAUGGGUAAUACAUCAAUUAAAUGCUGAGACUGAAGACUUGGCAGCUUCAGCAAGAGGGAGCAUGAAGACACUGAUGGCAGUGGCAGGGUUUGGCAAGUCAGGACUGAUUAACAGCGCACAUCGGGAUGCAGUGAUGGGCACGGCUAGUGGGCAGCUCAGCCUCCUGGAAGAAUAA